CCUGUGGGCUGCUCCUGGCGAUCCAAGGGACUUCCGCCAGAGAGUCUCGGCCUCCCCUGCUGGCCACUGACUUUGCCACCACUUUGAACGCGAAGCUUCAGAACCAUGAAGCUCCUGCUGCUGACCUUGGCAACCCUGCUGCUCCUGUCCCAGCUCACUCCAGGUGAUGCUCAGAGAUGCUGGAACCUCCAUGGCAAGUGUCGCCAUCGGUGCUCCAGGAAAGAGAGCGUCUACGUCUACUGCACAAACGGGAGGAUGUGCUGUGUGAAGCCCAAGUACCAGCCGAAGCCAAAGCCGUGGAUGUUUUAA